CGUAGUCCGUCCUGCCAUUGCGCAGUAUCCGCUUCUCCCUUAUUUCCUUCCACACCGCCGCCUCAGGGCUUUCCUUUCCUUCGACCCUUACCAAGUCUCUAAAUAAUACAUUCGACUUGGAUCCAAUUCGAAUUUAACUAUUCGGAUUACAACAACAACACAAACAUCACUGUAUUAUUUUUUUCACAACGAGAACCACAAUGUCCUUUGUUUCCGCCCACUCCCCAUCGCCAUCGUGCGAUUCACCCUCACCGUCGCCAUCGACCUCAUCACACGCCUUGCCAGACGCUGGACAGCCGCCCAGGAAGCGGUCCAGGUCUGAGAUGACCUCUGAAGAACGCAAGGAAGCACGAGCGCACAGAAAUCGAAUCGCCGCUCAGAACAGCCGCGACCGACGGAAGGCUCAAUUCUCAUGGCUCGAGCGCCGUGUCGCCGAGCUCGAGGAGGAGAACCGCCGGCUACGAGCUGGCCUUCCUGUCCCCCCUGUACCAGCACCACCACCACCCGCAGGCCUUCAUAUCCCCGUUCUCUCCAACAUCGCCCCCGCCAUGAUGCCCGCACCACAACCAAUCCCUGUCCUCAGUCCCGAGGACGCAAUCCGGGCCAGUCGGGAUUUGGAGCGAGAACGGGAGAACGAAGAGCUCAAGGAACGCAUCAAGACCUUGGAACGCGGCUGGGACGCAGUUGUCAAGGCUCUGGCAGCCCAGGGCUUGCCCACAGGCCUUUCAACAACUCCCGCCGCACCCACCACCGCCUCGACUCACUCGACCCAACCACUUAACCCCGUCCCUGUUUCGACGACUCCCUCUACUUCCACAACGCCCUCUUCACCCCCGACAACCUCCCCAACCACCACUACCAAACCUCCCAUUUCCUCCGCCACACACUUCUCUACCGGUUUCCCUUCUCCUGCGCCCUCCCAUGCCUCCGACUUCGACUUUGAAGCACCCGUCUCCGCACCAUCACCAUUGGCGUUGUCCACUCCCCACCAACAGCAGCGUGAUGACGUUACCGCUCGCCACUCAGCACGGGUGGCGACCCUCGAGCCUCGCUCGACGGCCCUGCAGCGGGCGGUCUCGUCCUCUCACGCGGCCAAAGUCUUCAUCGAGGUCUCCGAUGAUGCAACAGCAGAUGAUGAUGCAAAGAUGGAAGACUUGUUCAGGGAGAUUGUUGUUGAUGACUCAACGUCGUCAGCGACGGGCGAAUCUAGCGGCCGACCAGUACAAGAGGCAGCUUCUGCUGCUCCGUCGGUCACUUCCACCACCACGGAAGUAGGGAAGACAGAGACCCAGGGACAAGGAGAGAGUUUGGGUAAGAGGAAGAGGGAAGAAGACGAAGAAUCAUCGGGAGCGACGAAGAAGCUCGCCUUUGACGGAUUGGAAUUGGGAAUUGGAGCGAACGCCGGACUGGACUUUGGUUUCGACUGGUCGAAUACCGCAUCAUCAACCACCACUGCGCCUCUCACUCCCGACGAGAUGCAGCAGAUGCUCAACCAGAUCGACACCACCAACGCCAUGAUGCAGUUUCCCAACGACUUGGGCCUCGACAUGACCUUGGAUCUCGGUAUCUGGUCCAACACUGCGACCGCUGAGCUCCAGUCGUUUUCGUUCAUUUCGUUUUCUUUGUCAUUUUCAUCAUUUCCUCUCAUCAUCAGCAUCUCUCUAUUUAUGUCUCUCUUCCUCUCUGUUUCUCUUUUUGACGAUAGUGUCUUCCUGCAUUUUCUACCGUGGUUUUCUUCCUAUCGCCCCUUCUGCGCAGUCGACCGAUCCGUCGACUGUGGCACGCCCGACGACCUUACCACCUCUGACCCCGACUACUCGGCCUCGCUAGUCACGACUAUCGGUCACCUCUCGCCGUCGAGUUCACCAGCUGGUCUCAAACCGACAGGACGCAUUGCGGAGGGAGGGCCUAGGCGAGAUGAGAUGAAGGAAAUGGCGGAAUGA